AUGGAGGUUGCUAGCACCGCAGAUCGGAUUAUCUCGAUAAUGAAGGAGAGGGACAUAUUGAUCAAGCGGGAUAUUAUUGGGUCUGCUUUGGAAGACUUGAGUACAGGUCUUGGGUCUGAGAAUGCAGAAUGGGUAUCCAAAUAUCUACGACAGGAAACUCUUCUCUCCAAGGAAGAGCUAAGCGUCUAUACUAAGCUUGAGAAUUCCGGCGUCAUUCAGCCCAUCCUUCGUGACCCCAGUCUUAGUGCAAUACGUCCCUUUCUAGAGGAUGACAUGCGAAGCACAAUUCAAUCUCUAGAAGCAUCCACAGUGGCCAUACAAAAAAAGUCGCAGGCCCUCUCUUUACAAUGUCAAACUCUCAAAAAGCAAAUGCGUCAUCAAGAGGGCUUAGAACAAGAUAGGAAUCGGGAUAUCGCACGGCUGCGGAAGAAGCAUGAAGCUGGGAAACAAAACAAUACGGUUCUGGCAAAUGAUCUUUCCGAUGAGCUCGAUGCUGCCUUCAGAGGCGAGACCGAUAAAGUGGGAGUGGAGAGCAAACGAAUCCUGUCACUUUUGUCCACUCGGCUAAAACACGACGAUAAGGUUCUUGCUGCCCUGGAAGACAUGAUGCCGGAAGUCAAGUCAAAUAACAUUGACGCCUCAACCGUGAAGCGGGCAGCGCACCUGAGUGAGACUCUUGCGGACUACAGCGCAGAGGAAAUUCAUUAUCGAUUGGAUAGAUUAUAUCUUGAAUCGAUAGGAGCUGGAGAUAUGGAUCCUACUCACGAAACGGAAAGCGAGACUGUCUCUGCAUUGGAGGAGGAGCUGCAGUCUCUGUACCCCGAGAUUGAGAUUUUGGCAGAGAUGUCCACCAAGCAGCAGUUCCACGAGCCUAUUCUCCGCGAGAUCCACAAUGAACACAGCCAGCUUCGUGUGACCUCACAGCAGAAGUUAGAGAAGACAUUAAAGGCACAACUGGCAGACCGGGAGUCUUCGUGUGAACUAUUGGAGCAUAUUACAACCCUGUACCAAGCGGAAACAACCAGCCAGCUUGUGACUCAACCAGGUUCUCGGCGGGAAUCUAUUAGGCGGCGGUCACUGCAGCCUGGCAUGAUCCUCGGGACUAUACGCAACCCCGCCCCAAUGACGGAGCAGCCUUCUUUAGAAAAUCUCCUGCGUCGUAUUGGAUUGUCACCUGAGUCCGUGCUCCACCCGCGAGCGGAAGAUGGUGGUGCUGAGGGACUCCACGAGAAGCGAAUCCACAUGUCAGAGGCCGUCCGAAAUCUCGAGAUUGCCGCCGAAUCACCCCUGGUGGCUCAUUUGGGCCAUUCAGAUAGCGCGUCACAGUUGCUGGCCUCCUCUUUGCAUGGGAACUCCCGGUUUGAAACAUCGCUGCAAGAUCCUGGACAAGCAGGUGCGCUAUUGGGCCUCGAGACCGAACUCGCCUCACUUCAAAACGGGGUACAGGGGCUUAACCUGAAUGUACUCCACCAGCGGGAUAAGACCCAAGCCAAGUUUCUCGAGCGUUGGAGCUAG